AUGCAUCAGGUCGACAUUGAAAUUCUCAAUUGUCGUUCAUCCAAGGUAAAAUGUGUUGAUGAUGAUAUGGAUAUUCUUCUUUAUGUUAAGGACUCUAUUUCUUUUGCUUCAUUACAUGAUGAAACUAAGUGGCCAUUAAAAAUUGCUGGUGAAGAUUAUAUGUUUCCUUCUCGACCAUCAAUUCCUCCUCAGCUUUCAGUCAUUAUCAAAAACGUCAAUAUUCGAAUUGAUUUCGAGGAGUUUACAAAUGAUGUAAAAUCCAUGAUCCCUGAAGUAAUUAAUGUAAUUCGUAUGAAAAAUAAAUUCGGUAAUAUUAUCCAUAUGGUUAAACUAGAACUUUCAUCUGUUUCUGCUCGUCAAGAUCUACUUGAUGCUAAAAAAUUAAUGAUAAAUUAUAUCUCCUAUGAAAUUACUGAAUUUCUCUCUCCGGCACAAGUUUUAAUCUGCUCAAAAUGUAGCGGAAUUGGUCAUUUCCGCAAGCAAUGUUCUGAGCAAGAUGAAACGUGUAAAAAUUGUGCUCAAGCUUUUCCUGAUCUCAAAUCUCAUCAAUGUUCAGCUAGUCCUGUUUGUAAACAUUGUCAGGGUAAUCAUCUAUCCAACUCGAUGAAGUGCCCGGUCAUCAAAUCGUUUAGAGCCGAACUCACUAGGAAGCUUUUGUCUUCUGAUACUAAUCCAACAGCUGUAACACCAAAUAAUAAUAAUAAUAAUUAUUGUUUUAAUCCAUUAAAUUUUCCUCCACUUCCAUCUACUCAAGCACAAUUGAAUAACCCGAUGAUGUCUAAACUUGAUGAUCUUAUUGUUAAAAUAAACGAUGUCAAAGAUCAUCUUGCAAGUUUAACAUUAAAACACGAUAAAUUUGAAAAAUUUAUGGUCGAAAAAGCCAAACAAGAUACUCAUGUUAGUCAGCAAAUUGAUACAUUAUCAGCUAAUGAUCAAGAAUUUAAAAAAGAUUUACUUAAUCAUCAUAUGUUACUUCAACGUCAUGAAAAUUUUUUUACUAAAUUGUUUAUCCCAAUGUUGGAAGAUGUAUUCUCGUGGAUGGCUUUACAGAACCAGGACAAAAAAGGCAACACACUUGAUGCCGAUUUAAAAUGUAGAUUAGAACGUUAUGUUGUUCAAAUGAGAAAAACAAGAGAAGGUAAACACCGUUUUAAUUAA